CUUCGGUAUUGGAAGUCGCGUCCCUGCGUUAACGAGUUUCAGCGCGUGUUGUCUACGCGCUUUCCCCCCCACUUUCUGUAAAAUUAUGUAGCUCUCCUGAAAAUAUCUAUACCGUUACUGGCCAGCUUCGGGAGCUGAGAAUUCAGCGCCGUGUUUUAAUCCAAUCUUUUGCCAAGAGGCGCCUAGCUAAGGCUCGUUAGCCAUCUGAGUCGUUAAGUAGGGACGGUGGACAUGGCGUCCGCCACAGCGAGUGUUGGAGAUGUUGAAGAAGAUGCUUCCCAGUUACUUUUCCCCAAAGAAUUUGAAAGUGCAGAGACACUUCUGAACUCCGAGGUACACAUGCUGCUGGAGCAUCGAAAACAGCAGAACGAGAGUGCGGAGGACGAGCAGGAGCUGUCCGAAGUCUUCAUGAAGACCCUGAACUACACCGCCCGCUUCAGCCGCUUCAAAAACCGGGAGACCAUCGCCAGUGUGCGCAGCCUACUUUUGCAAAAGAAACUGCAUAAGUUUGAACUGGCAAGUUUAGCCAAUCUGUGUCCCGAGGCUGCGGAAGAGGCUAAAGCGCUUAUUCCAAGCUUGGAAGGUCGUUUCGAAGACGAGGAAUUGCAGCAGAUCUUGGAUGACAUUCAGACUAAACGGAGUUUUCAGUAUUAAUUUUUUUUUUUUUUUUUUUCCCUACCUCUCUCUCCUUCCUUCAUGGCCAUAACUUGUGCAGUCUAUCAGGUCUUUUUUUUUUGGUGGUGUUUAUCAUAUAAAGAAGAUUCUGCUCAACCCUUUUCUCACAUAUGUUUUGUUUCCUUUUAUAUGUUUUAGUACUGAAUUAUUUUACUUUUGGUGGUUUCACUGUUGUAUAGCUAAAAAUUCAUGUCAUGUCCUCUGGAUGACUGCCUUUAGUUACCCAUUCACUGAGCAUCCUUAAAUGGUAUCUACCUGGACGAUUUCAGGAGACUUUUGAUAGGAAAACUGUACAUAGAUGUCAGUCACUUCUUUUGAAAUUUUGGAUUUGCUUACAUUUUGUUCAUAAGUACAGGAGGGAGAGUGAAAAUCUUGACACUUUGGAUUACAUUAUACUGAUGCAUACAAUAAAAUAUGCCACAAUGUGA